AUGGAGUCUCCAAUAAAAGAUGCUAUUCUUGUUUAUUCACAGUGGUGUUGCAUCACCUUUGGAAGGCCCUACCUGGAAGGGCUGAGCGCGCGGGCUCCAGGUGGGCGCCAAGCCGGAGCUAGGUUGCCCGGCUGCCUUCCUUCCCCUGGAAGCGGCCCAGAAGGCCCGGGGUGCAGGCAGGGGCUGUUCCAUGAACGUGAAAUUAGGUCAGGACGCCGGCAAACCUGUCUGAAGGGGGUGCCAGCUGGCGGAGUGGAACGUGAAGAGCCAAGGUUAGGAAGCUCCGUGCCAACUCCAGCACCGUCUGCGAAAGCGACCUGGGCCCCCCAAGGCGGAGGGUCAGACAAAGGAGGCCUUGAGCGCGGCGAGCGCUUCCCAACUAUCUCACCGCCCUCUCCUCCAGGCCAUCAAGCCUUCAGAAGCCCAGAAAGCAGAAGCAGGCGCGCAGCGUCCGCACCCCGCCCCCGGGCACCACUUCGCGGGCGCGACCAGAGGGGGGGCCGCGAGAGCCCCCCCAUGUGCAUGCCUCCAGGUGCACUCCUUUCUCGGGCGCUGCGGGGAAGAACCGGGCGAGUGGGCUGCGAGAAGUCCCGCGGCGCGGGGCCAGAGACACCUGGCUCCUCAGCCUUCCGAGAGGCACGAGCCGGGGAUUUGGGGGGCGGAGACGGUGGAACCUGGACUCUGCAGCAAGCUAAGGAGACAGACAAGGAGCACAGCCCUGUCCUAGGAGGCCACAGAUCGGACAUGUGCGGACAAUUAAUGACAGCAGGGUCACCGCAUUACUGGCUUCGUUUCCAGAUACGUGUGUCUGACGUGCUACAGAACAGGAAAAAGUCAGAGGGCAGCACCUGGAUGAGACAUGGAGACGGGCAGCGCCUGCCUGUAGGGAGAUGGAUUCCUAUGAAAACAAAGAGAAAAAGACCAGAAGGGAGAGGAAAGUACAUGUCUUCUAAAUGCACUACUACCUCUGAAAGUGUAUGUCUGCCCUGUGGCCCGGAUGAAUACUUGGACACCUGGAACGAAGAAGAUAAAUGCUUGCUGCAUAAAGUUUGUGAUACAGGCAAGGCCCUAGUGGCCGUGGAGCCUGGCAACCGCACGGCCCCGCGACGCUGCGCCUGCACGGCCGGGUACCACUGGAGCGACGACUGCGCCUGCUGCCGCCGCAACACCGAGUGCGCGCCCGGCUUUGGCGCCCAGCACCCUUUGCAGCUCAAUAAGGACACGGUGUGCAAGCCUUGCCUUGGAGGCUACUUCUCGGAUGCCUUUUCUUCCACGGAUAAAUGCAAACCCUGGACCAACUGUACUGUUCUUGGAAAGACAGAAAAACAUCACGGGACGGAGAAAUCAGAUGUGGUUUGUAGUUCUCCUCUGCCAUCUAGAAAACCACCAAAUGAACCCAAGAUUUACUUGCCCAGUCUAAUUAUUCUGCUCCUCUUCAUAUCUGUGGCAUUAGUUGCUGCUGUCAUCUUUGGCGUUUACUACAGGAAAAAAGGGAAAACACUAACAGCUAAUUUGUGGCACUGGGUCAAUGAGGCAUGCAGCCGCCUAAGUGGAAAUAAGGAGUCCUCGAGGGACGGUUUUAUCAGCACUCAUAUGGCAACCUCUAGUCAGCGCCAAGUUUGCGAAGGUGUCUUACUGCUGACUCGGGAAAAGAAGGUGUUUUCUGAAGACAUGUGCUAUCCAGAGGCAGGUGUUUGUGCAGGAGAAGGUGCCACGAUGCUCUCCUUGGCCAGCGAGAUCAAGGGGGAUUCCUUCAGGCCGAUGCCCAUGGAGGAUGAGUAUGUGGACAGGCCCUCCCAGACCCCAGACUGUUUACUGGUCCUGACUCAGCCUGGAAGCAGAUCCACAGCCCCUUUCUCUGGGCCCCUGGAGGUGGGGGAGAAUGACAGUUUAAGCCAGUGCUUCACUGGGACAGAGAGCAUGGUGGAUUCCGAAAGCUACAACCUGGCCAAGCCGCUGUGCAGGACUGAUUGGAUUCCCAUGUCCUCUGAGAAGUACUUGCAAAGAGAGGUGGAGGGUGGCCUUUGCCCCCAAUGGGCAGCCAGCUCCCACUCGGCAGAUGGCCGCACAGGCUGCCGUGACCCUCCUGGGGAGGACCGGGAACCCAUCGUGGGUUCCCCGAAAAGUGGACCCUUGCCCCAGUGUGCCUAUGACAUGGGCCUUCCCCCGGAAGACGUAGCCGACAAGGCAGAGCGGGGAGGCCAGCCCUUGGAUGAGGCUGAUGUGAACCCUCCAAAUCCCACUAGGGGAGGCCCUGGCUCUGGAAGCCCCUCCUGUGACCACCCUCCUGCAACUGGAAAUGUGACUGGAAACAGUAACUCCACGUUCAUUUCCAGCGGGCAGGUCAUGAAUUUCAAGGGCGACAUCAUCGUGGUCUACGUCAGCCAGACGUCGCAAGAGGGCGCAGCGGGUAGUGGCGAGCCGGCAGGCCGCCCGGUGCAGGAGGAGAGCGCCGGCCGCUGCGACACCUUCGCGGGCAGCGGCGCGCGCCUAGUCGACAAGAGCGUGGACGAGGAGGCGGCGCAGGGCGGGCCCGACCAGACCGCGCCGCCGGUGCAGGAGCAGGGCCUGCCGACGCCUGGAGUGCCGCGUGCCUGGCGUUGA